AUGCCAACCGACGAACAGCGCACGCAGGGCACAGAGGCCUUCGUCAACCGAGUCAAUGCCGACUGGGCCUUCUUCACUCCCUCUGUGGCGCGUACCCUCGAUCCUACACGCAUGCCCGGACUCAAGACAGUCAUGCUCAGCGGAGAAGCAACGAGCAAAGAAAUCGUCGCUCGCUGGGCGCCUAACCGCCGUCUCGUCAACAGUAACGGGCCAUAUGAGUGUACAGUAUACUUCUCGUUUGCAGAACUGCGUGAUGAGGGCGCAGAUGUACGCAACGUCGGCGUCCCCUGUUUCAAUGGUUACAUAGUCAGUCCAGACGAUGUAAACAUCCUGAUAGACGACGAAGCUGGGACAGGAGCCCCUGCUACAGACGAGCUUCUUAUUCAGGGGCCUACCGUUGUUCGGGGUUAUCUGCAUGAUGGCAGGUCGGCGGCAUUCGUUGACCCACCGGCCUGGUAUGACGGUGUUUUGGGACCAGACGCGCGGUUCUACCUCACCGGGGAUAUCGCAGAACUCUGUAAGGACCACCACGUCAAUAUUCGCGGGCAGAAGGUCGACCUCGACGAGAUUCGCCAUCAUUUACUGUCGUGGAUUCCGGAUUUGCAGGACUUUGUCGCCCUUUUCGAGGGGUUCUCGACAACGCAACAACACUGGCGGGCGUUUGUCGUUUCUCCCCUGAAAGAGAUUGUCGCCCGAUACAUGCUUUCUACUCUCUUCAUACCUUUGACGGCUAUCCCAUUGACUGCCUAUUCAAAGCUUGACCUUGCUACCUUGCGCGCACUCCUGGUGUCUCUGGACACAGCUCAAGAAAGAAGGUUCGCUCUUCAAGAGCGUGAGUUUGAGCCUCUUGUCACCGAAGACGAAUUAAUACUGUGCGAUAUCUUGGCCGUGCAAUUGGGAUUAGCAAUAUCUGAUAUCAACAGCAACAUGGGGUUCGUCCAACUUGGUAGCGACUCGAUCAAGGACAUGAGCGUCGCGAAGGAAUUAGGCCAUAGGGGCAAGUACCUUCCAGCCCAGACGAUGUUGUUAUCACCCACGAUCAAAGAUAUGGCACAGACAAUCACACUAGCCGUGGCUUCCUCGUUACCCGAGGAGGGCUUUCUUGCGAUCUCGUCUCGAGACAGACGUGCGAACGGGGCGAGAUAUGUCUUUAAAAUGGGCCUGGGAGCUGAUGCACACGCAUUGUCUGCUUCAUGGCUCGCAACUGUCUCAGCCAUCGAAAUUCUACGAACGCGGUUUUUCUUGAGUCCCACCGACGGUCUUGUGCAAGUCAUCGUCGACGACGGGGACGGGAACUUGCCUUCCUUUGAGAACUUGGCGGACUUGCUACAGUCCCACAACAGCAAGCACAUCGGUCUAGGAGGUCAUAUGGCCAGAGCUGGUCUUUCGCUGCCGCCAGUGCUUCCAUUCACAAUAGCACUGGACGAGCGGCGAGACACCACCCCUGCGGCUGCUAGCGAGGCCUUUUGGAAGUGUACCUUGGAGCACAGUUCGGUAUCGAACUGGCCACUUCCAGCACCUACAAACUCGCUGGCAGCCGAAAGUGAAUGGGCAAAUUGCUCUCGAAAGCUCGACAUUCCCUCACCAGCCGCCGGAGAGAAAACAAAUACCGCCGUCACGACAUAUCUGCAAGCAGCAUGGGCUCUGCUCCUCGGUGCAUACCAAGGCAGCGACCAUGUCGUGACCCAUGCUUGCCACCUGCCCCUUAUGCUUGCGUACGAGUCAAGCGGAGACGGUGGGCGGUCUGCUCGAAUCUGUACAGAGGACUACUGUCAAGACUACUCGCCACGCGCACUUGGGUGUACAGAGAAUUGCUCAUCUGGGCGAAGACGAGAGGCGCGCGUCACAGAGCUGCUCCACAAUAUCGACUUGCAUCUCGAUACUGAGCUGACACAAGAAGAAGCUCUUGCAUCAUACGCAUGCUGGGUGGAGCUGUCAGCGUGGACGGGCCCAGUGUCCUUCCUUUUCUGUGUUCUUAUCCAGGCUCUCCCUGACGACACCAUAUCAGCACCUGCGCUCUUUCCACCGCAGGGUCUGGCGGUGGCUCAUCCGCGCCAUGAGGCUGCUGUGACCGAAAUCACGUACCGAGAGCUAGACCAGCUUUCAAAGCGCUUGGCUCUCAGACUACGGCGUCUUGGGCUUGGCAUCGGAGACGUGGUACCCUUCCACACACAUAAGUCGACCUGGAUGAUGGUCGGCUUACUCGCGGUCCUGCGCGCAGGCGGAACGAUUAUGUUCCUCGACAUGAACAAUCCGACCUCGCGGAACCAAGAGAUUCUGAACCAGCUUCGCCCCUAUACUACGUUGAUAGUUUGCUCUCCAGGAGUGGAGCAGUUUUGGUCUGCCGACGUGAAGUGCACUGUUGAGCUCGGGGCAGACCUCAAGUCGGACUUCAGUUGCGCGCUCGCCGCCUCACUACCGCGCAGGUACCCCAUGAAACAGUCGCCUACCUGUUUUUUUACCAGCAGGACGAGCGGAACUUCAAAAGGCAUCGAAGUUGAACAUAGAUCGUAUCUCACAGCUGCACUGGCUCGAUUGGGCCCAUUCGAACGCACGGUUCGCUCCCGCGUCCUUCAAUUAACCCCUUUCUCCGACGUUUCCAUUAGCAAUAUGUGGACACACGCUACUAGCAGGCGGGGCAAUCAUUAUGCCAUCCAGGCGCUCGUGCCAUCCAAGGCCGAGCGCCUGGAUGACCUCGCAGGUGCGAUAUCUCGGUAUGCCGCCACAGACGUCAGCCUAACUCCAACCGUCGCCACCCUGCUACAUCCUAACCAAGUGCCGAGUCUGGAAGUCUUGGUGCUGGCUGGCGAAGCCCCCAAUGAAGCGCUCUAUGACACAUGGCUUUCUACCCUCGUUCGUUUGUACAACGCCUAUGGUCCGACCGAACGCAGCAUUUUGGCGACAGCCACCCGUGCUGUUGCUGGUGCUCCACGUAACAUUGGCCAUGUCACUUGCGGCCACGCGUGGGUAACGCAUCCUGAAAACCCGCACGUUCGCAUGCAGCUGGGCACAGUAGGGGAGCUGCUGAUCGAGGGCUCGGGCCUCCAACGGGGUUACUACCGCAACGAGCCAGCGAAAUUGCAAAGCUUUGUCAACGGUGACCUGGUCCGGGCGAACUUGGACGGCUCCACCUAUCUGCGCCGCCGGGACCAACAAAUAAAGCUAAGAGGCGUGAGAAUCGAGGUGGCCGAGAUCGAAACAAAACUGCUCUCGGCUGGGGCUGGUGUUGUCCAUGAAGAAUGUGUGGAUAUUGUCAAAUUGCAGGGGAAAGAGGUCUUAGUCUCAAUAUGCACUGUGCGCGGCGAUUCAGCUCAAUCGCUGCAAACCCGAUGGCACGUCCUCAUCGCGCCUGUCGUUCAGGUCUUCCGCACCCGACUACCCCGAUACAUGAUGCCGACACUCUUCAUGGCUUUGCCCGCGCUCCUGGCAACAGUCACUGGGAAACGGGAUCGAAAGAAGCUACGCAGUAUUGUGUGCAAUAUUCCAGCCGAUGAACUCCGAAGCUACACCGCUUCACAUCUCGGCCUGCAAGCGAGUUCGCACUGUGAAAAGAGCGACCCGGACUGGGAAUUGGCAACGCCUGAACUCACCCUUACACAAGCUCUUUGGAUUGAAGCCCUGGACCUUGGCGCCGAUAGCAAAGUGCAAAUGAAUCCCUUAUCCAACUUUUUUGACCAUGGCGGAGAUUCUGUCGUCGUUAUGCGCCUCGUUGCCCUUUGUCGGAGCCGCUGUCAGCGACAAAUCGGUGUAGCCGACAUUUACAAACGACCAACUUUGAUGGACCUGGCAUUUGCGCUGAGAGAAUCAACUGACACUGUCUCAAGGACACCGUCCAGCCCUAUCACAGCACCUUUCUCCAUGCUCGGCCCAUGGCGGCAGCAUAAUGCCGUUCUCGCUGCCCUCUGA